AUGAAUGCUCAAAUAAAAUCAUCAUUUAAAGAGCGUCACUCAUUAGAGGAAAGAAAGAAGUUGUUUUAAACAAGACAAUUAGUUCAUCCUUCAAAAAUAUUAAUUAUUUUAGAACAAUUUCUUGAUUCCUCAUCUACCUCUCAGUUGUAAUCGUACCUUAUUAUUAAGAGAUGUGCAGCUGAUCCUGAAUAAUUAAUGGUAAAUUUUGAGGCAGAUAUUAGUAAAUUAUUAAAAAAGAAAAUACCGAAAACCUAGCAUAUUUCUCUUUUCUUUUUUAUUAACAAUGUUCUACCUUAAAAGGGUAAUCAAAUUAGUUUUAUGCUUUAAGAUUAGACUAUGGGACAAUUAUAUAAAAAAAUGUAAGAUUAAGAGGAUGGAUUCUUAUAUAUUUAAGUCAAGUCUUUAGAAACUUUAGGAUCCCUUUGA